AAGUAGUAGGCAAUGGCACUCCAACACAACAUGUGCUGCGACGUCAUCAAUAUCAUAUACUAAGAUAAGUAGUAAGUAGGUGGUUUAAGUUUAUUUUGUCACUUCUUUCUUACUCUUACACCAGUGCGUGGUAAAAGUCGACCUUUUUAUUUUCCCCGUCAAAAUGGGCGUAAAUCUCUUCAAAGCGCGGCUGAAUUUUCGGGCCGCGCGAAAGCACGAGCUGAUCCACGAGCAGCAGCGAACGGAGGCCGAAGCCGAGAAAAUGAUUUCCUCCGAGUGGCAAAAGAUGUCUGAUAAGGAAAAAGAAAAGUGGAAACAGGCCGUGCAGCCAGGAGGGGGUCGUAGUACAACCACGACUACUAGCGCAAGCGCAGUCGGUGGACCCGCUUCGGCGGGAAAACAUGGUAAGGAUACGACGAGUGCAAACACCACGCCACUCCCUCUUCGGUCAGACGAGAUGAGAGCACAAUCUUAUCAAGCCGGGGCUGCAGGCGACAAUCUUAGCCACACGGGUACAGCAGCUCCGGGCGCUGAGAUUAUGGAACAACAUGGACAACUGCCUGUCUUUAGCGCGGCGUCAAGCGAGCAGAAAAAUGCGACUCGCGCUACGGUCGGCAAACAGAGUGUAACUGAGAAUAAGUCCUCUCUUCCGCAGGGAGGAAGUGCAGCUGAAAAUAAUAUUAAAGAGGCGCCGUCGGUCGAUGCGAAGCAGGCCUCCUCGUCCAGCUCCUCGUCCACCUCCUGGGCCGCGCGGAUGCGGGAGGAGCAGGCGCAAAAGUGGCAGACCGAAGUGAACGAGCUGCGAAAACAGCCCGUGAAGCGGGUACGCGCCGACGGCGGCGAUCCCGACAGCCUGAUCACGGAAGAGGAAGCGAAAAAACGGAAGAAGGAAAAGCAGAAGGAGCGCGCGCAGCAGAAGAAGGCGGAAUCGGCCACGCCGAUCGCGGUCUUCGGGCAGCGGAAAAAGGACAACACUGGAGCAACGGGCGCAAGCGAGCCGCACGAGAGUUUGGUGUCACUCGCGCGUCGGGUCGAGAACUGGAAGCAGCAGCAGCAGCACGCGGUCCAGGAGCGGCCCCAGCUGACCAUAGAGGACGCCGCCCGCAGCCUGAUGCAGCCAAAGCUGCAGGCGGAUGACCGACUGUGGGCAGCUAGUGGCACAGCCGCCGCGGGCGGGGGAAUAAACCUCUUGGGGGACGAGAAAACCAAUCAGGGCGGUGGGCCACACCAUGAUAUUUCUGACGAGCAGAGUUUCGAAAACGGUUCGCUCUUGCAAGUGCGCGACACCACGGACGCGCGGGACUUGCGUACAGUUCUCAAGGACGGUGUGAAGACAUUGGUACAACAGGAAAAGUUGCGCGCCACGCUCGCUCUGGCGAAGAAAGCCGCUGCAGAGGGGGCAGUAACUAGCAGCUCCUCUGUCUUGAACGGAGUUACAGCAUCAAGAGUGGCUCCUGCGGGUACCGAGGCGACAAUGGGAGGGAUAAGCAGCGCGACAAAAGAAAAUCGUCUGCUGUAGUAGAAAGUAAGUGCCCCCCUUAUAAUAAGUGAAAUUUAGGGCCGCGCUAGUACUUGAAUGAUGAUGAUUGAUGGUUCACUGAGUGAAUUUUUGCCACGUAGUCCUUGUUAACCUGGCGUGUCUGCUGCACUACCGCUACGCAAUCUCUGCAGACGUGGUCAUAGAAAUUACAAUGGCAACACGUAUGUGUACUUGACGCACUACAUGCGCAAGAAAACGUACAAGGCGAUUGUUUCGUACAGAGGAAGAUGAUUCAUCUCAUCGCAUGUGCGCUUUCGUGCUAG